AUGGCCACACAGCAGUCUUUUCUCAUUGACAUGGAGUUGACUGAUGGUCCCCAAGGGCUUCUCCGCUUCAUUGAGAUGGUGUGGAGGAACACUGGUUACACUGACAUUCAUAAACCUGUCAGCUCCUCAAUACCAUCACGGUCCUGCUCGAUAUUCAGCGCUCUACCUUUAAUUGCAUGGAGUUUUAAGUUUCUCGGUGGUCCAGGUCCAGGCAGAGCGCUUGUUCUCCUCUUAAUCAAAGCAACAGAUGCGAUUAGUCUGGAGCGGGUGGCGCAGGCGGCUCUACCCCUGGGUAAUCAAUUUGCAAUGGCAGAUGCUCACGGGGGGAAACUCGCCUGCUGCCCAACAGCUGUUCUCCAGAAAGUAUCAACCAUCCCUUUAUUGACUCUCCUCUCAUCUUGCUUUGAACUGAAAGCAGUAGCAUGUUCUUCUUUUUGUAGAUGGACAUCAGAAUCUCUAAAUCAUUUGAUUAAUCAAAUAGUUGCACUGAAGGAUGCAUUGUAUAUUUAG